CUAUCAACAAAACAAAAACAUGUAAACAAGUGGCGAAUCAUGAAUGGUGUGCGGAAUUCUAUUAAAAAUAAGCAAAAAUGUCGGAGUUUAAUCGAAUAUUCAGUGAUAUAAAGUUGCGAUUCGCAACAAACAUUAAGUGGACGCAGGUGGAAGAUUUUCUUAGCGAGUAUGAGAGUGACGAGGAGACACAACGCAAAGCUAGAGAAUUUUGGGUUCUGCCAAUGUGCAGGCAACAUCCACAAGAUCAAGAUGAUCAAUUGCAAGCGCUGCGGGAAUUGUCCAAUUGCAUUCGUGCGAUCAGAUGUAGUGAUAUUGAGAAUCAAUCGGGCUACGACAUUACCUAUGACAAUUGGUCAGAGAUUGUGAACAUUUCACCGAGCGACUAUUUGACUUAUAUUUAUGCUCUUGCCAGUUUGGCGACUUUACCACAACACACGCUAAAUGCUGCCAUUGCGCCUUUAAAUACUCAUAUCAAUAUUCAACUGGCGCUCAAUGCGGUUAGCACAUAUCUGCUAACGUUGACUAUUCCUGGCGCCAAAAGUUAUGGCGUCUUCGAUGAGGGUGUCAUUGAGCAUUGCCUGAAGGUUUUUCGAUUGCUGGAGCAGCAAGCUUCCACAGAUGUGCGGUCAAGCACCAUGAGCAUACUAUUUUUAUCCAUCUGCGAUGAUCUAAAACUGGUAUUUCGUUAUGUGCACUUCAAAGAUCACAGGAAACCGCGUGACGAUAUCAUAAAAUGUUUGCUGCAACUGGUGUAUAACAGUUUUCGCAAGGGUUAUACAAACUCAUGCGCCACUCAGAUGCAUCAGCGAUGCUUUGAAAUCUUCGACGAAAUUGCCAACGAACAUAACGGCGAUGUGCUGGAGACGCUGAUGUUAAUCAUGUCCCAAAGUUUUCACAUGCAUAGUUUUCCGGAAAAUUCAAAAUCCGGUGGAGCUCAAAGCAUUGGUCACAUUUCCGAUUGGUUUAUAAUGCUGUUGGAAAAGUAUCCCGACAUAAUAGCCAAAGUCCUGAGUAAAUACAUUGAGUGUGUGAUUACGAAUCCCAUACGAGAGUGGAAAGCUGUUGAUGAGAAAGUUGCCAUUGGCUAUGCAGCCAAAUAUGAUGCAGCGCUAUAUGCCAAAUGCAAUCAAUCCUGCUCAGACAUUUUAAAGGAAUCAAUUAAAGCAGACGAUGCUGUGAGCAUACAAAUACGUACGCUGGAGCUAAUCGAACGCAUACUGCAGCAGGAGACGCAUGUGGAGUGGAGCAUCUUUCGACAUGAUGUGUCCACAAAGCCUAGAGAAGUGACUUUGAUAGCCGAGACCAUCAAAAGCCUCGAUGAUAGAACGUUUACGGUGCGCAGAAAAGCCAGCCAGGUGCUCAAUUUAUCAUUGAAGCAGGGUUCACCCACCACAACGCGCAUACUUAACGAAUGCCUUAGUUUUGUGCAGUACAGCGAUGAGAGUAGUAAUUCAAACCCUCGCGCUAGGCAGCUAAGCAUGGAGAAACCACCUGUGGUGCAUUAUGCCUACAGCUUUGAAGGAUUCGAGGAAUUGGAGCCGCUGGUCAAGCAAACACCACAAAUCAUCUACGAACGUUUCGUGGACUCUAACAACGGUUUGGCUCGAUGCUCCGGCAUUGCGCUGUUGGAGCGUCUGGCGUUGACGAAUCAACGCAUCAUCUAUGACACGAAUUUUGAACGUGAGUUUGCUUGCUUUGCCGUGGACUCUCUGUCCUCGGUGCGGAAGGCAGCGCUGGAGAGUCUAGACACCAUGUUGCAGUCCUAUUGCAAUUGCACCAUACUCAUUGGUCUCUAUUGUCGCCUCUGGCCCUGCUUACUUAGCGAUGAGGAUAUGGCACUCCAAAAGCUAGCCAUGCAGAGCUUCAAUCGCAUUGUGUUACUGAACAUAAAACCGUUGGAGUACAUUAAUGAGCCAAAGAAUCGCUUGCCCUGGCGCAUUCUAGCCACCUUGUUGGCCGUUCAGCCACGCAAUUAUUUGCAAGAACGACUGACAUUGCUGCUGCAGACCGAAAACUUCGUGACUCCGCAACUGGUGAAUACAAUCAUAUCGUAUUUGCCCACUUCAAUGGCCACCGAGGCUUGGGCACUGCUUGUGUUUAUUUCCAGUCGUAUUACCAACAACUUGGAUGCACUUAUUACCACCUUUAAUAGCUUGUCGUCGUACAACAUGAAGUCGAAUCAGUUGCUUGCACUCGAACUGAUUAUUUAUUGCCUGCGUAACUUUUCCAAGUCCGCGCUCAACAGACUCUUCACACGUCUGCUGUCCGCUUUGAGAUCUGGUAGCAUCUGGUUGGCUUUGGUAACGCCAGCAGUGCAUGUGCUCAAUCAUAUCGAUCGCUUGUCGCACAGUCAGGCGCCACAGGACAGCAAUCUGGCGGAGAAUUGGCAAGUGCAGCUACUGGAUGAUGUCACUGAAGCCAUACGGAAAUCAAUGAAUCAUUUUCAGGAGGAGCACAUAGCCAUGGCAUCACUGCUUGGCACUUAUACAGAACUCAUUUCAAAGUCAGAACAACAGCGUGUAGACAAUCAAAUUAGCAAGUUCGUUGUCAAAUAUCUGCAGUUGUGCUUAAAGCUGAAAGAGUCCAGCUUCGAUACGGAUAAUGAACGCAAUCUCAACUGGAUGGUUGUCAUCGCUGGUCGCCUCUCCCUGCGUGAUCACAGCCUGGCGCAUCGAUUGUCUGCGAUUUAUGGCCAAAUAUUGAGUAAAAACGAUCGGCCGCAAUUGAUAAAUAGCACACUGAUUGGCAUGAACGAUUUGGGCAAGAAAUAUCCAUCGAUUCUGGAGAGCAACAUGAAGUGCAUACUCGUCAAGCUCUAUUCAAAGUUUGCCACAACCCGUGUGCGCACCUACAGAUGUGUUAAGGAUGUGAUACUGGCAGGAAACAUCAAACUGAAAGGUCCCAUACUCAUCUCACUGUUGGCCGGCCUGGUUGAUGAGAGUGCUGAGGUAGCACGUGAGGCGGAUGCAUUUUUCAUACGCUAUAAGAAGCUGUAUGACAAGAUGUUGUUCCAUCACUGCAUUAAGGAGUGUCCCUUUGAUUUCAAUGAUCAAACUUUCCUAAAAGGCUCAACACGACUCGAUUCCAGCUUUCAGUCGCGUCUGAAAGGUGCUGAAAGAGCGAAAAGCAGACGACUCAUUUACAAUCAUAUCAUUGCCUCACUGGAUGAGAAUACUUUGCUGUUGUACUUUGGACAGCUUAAGCUAUUGGCUGAGAAAACAAAAGACGCAGAAUUUAUCAAAUCGCCGGGUGCCUUGGAUGUUGUUAUCGACAUGUUGUUCAUAAUGCGUCGCAUUUGUUCGUGCACCAAGGCGAAGGGACAACAACAGGGCGGCGCCCAAGCUGAAGGCGGCAGUGAGGAGGCAACUAUUGAAGAGGAGCCAUUACCAUCUCCUGUGGAGCAGCUGCCAACGACAAGUGCAGCGGCUACGGGGCCAGCAAAAGGCCGUGGACGCGGACGUGCUCGUGAUAAUGGCGAAGAACCGUUGAAGCAACUGGAGCGCUGUCUACGUUAUGUGCCCGAGACGCACAAUAAUCUGAACGAAGUGAUGAAUUCGGAGCAGCGUUUUGAAUUUGAUAAAUUCUGCCGGGCCAUGACUAUGCGUUUCUCCAACUACACGGAUUUUGCCCAACCAGCAAAGUUCUGGCAGAAGUAUAAACAGUCCAAGACCAGCGGUAAACCGAAGGCUAAACGCCGCCGCCUUAACGAUAGCCGCACCCUUGAGAUGGACGACGAUGAUGGGCAGUCGGAUACGGAGAAUAGUGAUGGAGAUAGUGACUCUGAAAUGCCGCUAGAUCGUCAUACAUUAACAAACACCACAGUGGGUGACGUGCAACCUGGCGGCGACUUCGAUGUAUUGGCAACGGAGCUUAUUUUCCAACAUCAUGACUAAUUAUAAGGCAUCUAUGUUUUGAGAUACAUCCGUUUACAAUGUAUCUGAAUAUAGACUGAUUUACACAAAUUCAAUUAGAGAUAGU